AUGUGUGGAAUUUUUGCGUGUCACCAUCACCCCGAUGUGCAGAAGUUCAAGCCCACGGCUUUGCGCAUGGCCAAGGCUGUGCGUCACCGUGGUCCCGAUUGGAGCGGAAACUUCUGCGCUCAGAGCACUAUCCUCGCUCACGAGCGUUUGAGUAUUGUCGGUGUCGACACCGGUGCCCAGCCCCUCGUCAACGAAGAUGAGACCCUCGCCCUCGCCGUCAACGGUGAGAUCUACAACCACCGCAUCCUGCGGAAAAACUUGAAGACCAACUACAACUUCAAGACACACUCUGACUGUGAAGUCAUCAUCCCCUUAUAUAUGGAGCACGGCCUCGACGCACCUAAGCACCUGGAUGGUAUGUUCUCCUGGGUUCUCUGGGACAAGAAGCAGGACCGUGUGAUUGCAGCUCGUGACCCCAUUGGUGUCACUAGCUUUUACCUUGGUCGCUCCUCGUCUACUCCCGGUGCUGUCUUUUUCGCUUCUGAGCUGAAGUGCUUGCACCCCGUCUGCGACGACAUCAUUGCCUUCCCUCCGGGUCAUGUCUAUGACUCCAAGACCGAUAAACUGUCUCGCUACUUCGAGCCCACCUGGUGGGAUCCUACCAACGUUCCCUCAACCCCAGUCGACUACAAGGUUCUCCGCGGUAUGCUGGAGAAGUCUGUCCGCAAGCGUCUGAUGGCGGAGGUGCCCUACGGUGUGCUGCUGUCUGGUGGUCUUGAUUCAUCUCUGGUUGCCGCUAUUGCGCAGCGUGAGACACUGCGCAUGCAGGAGGCCACCCGUGCUGCUAUGAAGGCCAACGCCAUCUCCAACGAUCUUGUCGGUAUUGAUGAUGAGAACGAGCUGUCCACCGUCACCACUUUCCAGCAGCUGCACUCCUUCUCCAUCGGUCUGCCCGGUGCUCCCGAUACCGCUGCCGCUUUGGAGGUUGCUAAGUUCUUGGGCACCAAGCAUCACGCUUUCACCUUCACCAUUGAGGAUGGUCUCAAUGCCCUCUCCGAUGUGAUCUAUCACCUUGAGACCUACGAUGUGACCACCAUCCGUGCGUCCACCCCUAUGUACCUGCUGUCGCGUAAGAUCAAGGCUAUGGGCGUCAAGAUGGUUCUGAGUGGUGAAGGUAGUGACGAAAUCUUCGGUGGCUACCUCUACUUCCACGCUGCCCCCAACCGUGAGGAGUUCCACAAGGAGACCGUCCGUCGGGUCAAGAACCUGCAUCUGGCAGACUGCUUGCGUGCCAACAAGUCGACCUCCGCCUGGGGUCUGGAGGCUCGUGUGCCUUUCCUUGACAAGCAGUUCCUCGAGACUGCUAUGGGUGUCGACCCUAAAGAGAAGAUGAUCACCAAAGAGCGGAUCGAGAAAUAUAUCCUGCGCAAGGCCUUCGACACCAGCGACGAGCCUGAUGUCGAGCCCUACCUGCCUGAGAAGAUUCUGUGGCGCCAGAAGGAGCAGUUCAGUGACGGUGUCGGCUACAGCUGGAUUGAUGGCCUGAAGGAUCACGCCGCGCAGCACGUCACUGAUGAGAUGAUGAAAAACCCCAAGCCUGAAUGGGGCAACGAUAUCCCCGACACUAAGGAAGCCUACUUGUACCGCACAAUGUUCGACGAGCACUUCCCCCCAUACUGUGCAGGAACUGUUGAGCGUUGGACCCCCACAUGGUCCAAGGAGACCGAUCCCAGUGGCCGAUCAAUUUCCUACCACCAGCAGAAGUACCAGCACGUCGAGUAA